AUGGAAUCAAAUAUUUACAGUUAAAAUGUUACAUAAUUCACUAUUGAAUAAAUAAAAAAGAAUGUCUAUUAAAGUAACUUUAGGUAUUCUACACAAUGAAAUUUUGAUAUUUUGAAUAAAAUAAAUAAAUUCCUUUAAUCCAAUUACCAAUUUAAUAAUUGGAGUAAAUAUCAAUUAAAAACAGUAUCAUAGUAACUAUUUUUCUCAAAGGAACAAUAACUUUUCAACAUUAAUCAAUUUUGGAAGCCUAUAGAUUAAUAGAAGAAUACUAAUAAAUUAACCUCAUAAAAUAGAAAUUUGGUUAAUAAGACAUGAUCGAUACCAAUAAUGUCAGUUAAAGUUAAAUUAUAUGAAUUUAUUUAUUAAUUUAUAAAUUUUUCAUAAAUCUGCCAUUAUUUUAUAUUCUAAAUAACUUAUAUCAAAUUAUUACAAUUUAAACCAAUAAAAACUUAAGUUGAAGAUGUUAUUAUUGAAUUAGAAUUUAGUAGAAUUGAUUUAUCUUAUUUAGAAGCUAAAAAAAAAAUUAUUAGUAAAUUUAUUAUUCUAAAAGUUUUCUUCAGAUUCUUUCAAAUAAACAAAAGUAUAGGAGUUAUUUUUUUAACCCUUCUUAAGAAAAUCAAUAGAAAAUUAAUAAGUGAGUUCAUAAAAGUAAAUUUUAUUUAUAAAUUUAGACUAUUUUUUAGUGAUGAAUUCUGUGAAAUUGAGUUAUGUUUGACCUCUGAUUUUGGUAACUAAAUUUCUGAAAACUUACCUUAUUAAGGAUCUUUGUAAAUUUAGAAACUACAAGAGAAUUAACAAUUUAUUUUUGAAAAUGAAAUAAUUGGAUUAAAAUAAUAAAUUGAAUAAUUACAAACUAAAACUAGAAUUGAGAAUGAAAAACUUCUUUAAUAAAUAAUAGAAUAUUAAGAUUAAAUGAAAGAACAUCAAAAUGUCUAAAUGGGAUUUGAUGAUUUAUUAAAAUUAGAAUAAGAGUCAAGAUCAGAAAUAUCUUAGAAAUAUAAAGAAUUAUUAUAGCUUAAUAACAAUUUGAAAUAUGAUAUUAUGGAGAAAGAAAAUUAAAUUGAAGAUCUGUAAUAUUAACUUAGAAUUGUAGAAGCAGAGAAAAAGUUUAACAAAGAUUAAGAAGAAAAAUUAAGAAAGGGGCAAGAGAUUAUGGUUAAUAAUAAUUAAUUCUAAGAUCUUAAGAUUUAAAUUGCGGAUCUUAUAAGGUUAUAGAAAGAGUAAUAAUUUGAAAUGAAAAAAAAUAAUGAAGUGAUAGAUUAUUUGUAGAAGUUAGUAGAAGAAUAUAAGAAUAAAAUUAAAGAAUUAAUUUAUGGAAAAAGUUAAGCAGAAUAAAAAAUCGAUACUUUUAGAGAAGAAUUAGAAUAAUCUCAUUAAAAAUGCUAAUAUUUUACUAUCCUAUUAGAAUAAUAUAAGGGGGAUGUUGUUGAUUUGAUAAAUAAAUACAUUUAAAGUUAAAGUUUACUUAGCGAACAAUAAGAAAAUUUUAAUCUUCAAAAUUAAACAGUUAUUUCUCAAAGUGUUUAAAUAUAAGAGCUAAAAUAAAAAUUACUUAUAAAAGAUAUGAAAGAAAAAGAUAACUUAUAAUUAUAAUAUAGUUUUUAAUAGAAUUACAAGAAUGAUAAUGAUAUUUGUUAAGCAAAUUUAGAUAUAAAAAUAUGA